AUGGGAGGAUUUGUUCAGAACCAGACUACUCAAGGAAGGGCGUUUGCCAUCACUUCUACUAUUCCACCACCUCCAAUCACUUCUCAAGCUCCAGAGGCUUCGGUUGUGAAGGCAUCUCAUUCAUUUAUUGUUGCAUCCUUUGUGUGUGCUUUGGAGUUGGAAACUCAAAACUUGAGUCCACCAUUGUUUGUUGAGACACCCUUAGGGGGUUGGACACCUUUGGAUCGUAUUUGUCGGGACUACGAACUUCUCAUUCAUGAUCGCCAUUUCACUUUUGAUUUCAUUCCGUAUCUGUGUGGGUCACAAAAGCAGGAGUCUGUUUAUUUUUUGUUGGCGAGUUUGACUCUGGAUGAGGAUGUGUCUGUGCGUGGGGAGUUGCCCUUUGUUGUUUGCGAUUUCCUGGAGAUGUUUCCGGAGGAGUUACACAGUUUACAUCCCAAGAGAGAAGUCGAGUUCACUAUCGAGUUGCUUUCUGGUACCGCACCAACCUCCGUACCCCCUUAUCGUUUUGCUCCCACCGAACUUAGGGAAUUAAAGGUCCAGUUGCAGGAAUUGACAAAUUUAGGGUUUAUUCGUCCGAGCACAUUUUCGUGGGGAGCACCGACACUUUUUACACAGAAGAAUGAUGGUUCACUUCAUUUGUGUAUCGAUUACCAUAAGCUUAACCGUGUCACCGUUAAGAAUAAAUAUCCAAUGCCUAGAAUCGACGACUUGUUUGAUCAACUUUAG